AUGAAGCGACAUUCGGUAACGAUUCUGAAAUUUGCCCUGUUUGUCGCUGCGUUCCUCUUCAUCGGAUGGCCAUUCUUCGGCUCCCUGAAACAAAGGCUAGAAAGGCCUUCGCUUGACGCAGCUCGCGGUCUGCGAGUGAAUUUCAACGAAGUCGCCCAGGUACAUGCACCAGGCCUACGCAAGAUGGCGAAGAAAAGUGAAACGGAAAGAAUGAACGUCCAAAACAGAAACAACAAUGAAAACAAGGACAAUGACUCCGAUGACGGUGAUAAUAUAAACAAUAAAGUCGAUAAUCACAUCAAAGAAAAGUUCUCCGAAGACAAAGAAGAAAAAGAAAGCGAAACCACAAAAGAAUUAAUCGAUUGGCACGAUUACCGAAAAAUAGAGGAGGAUAAAGAACGCAUAGGGCCUGGAGAACAAGGGGUCGGAGUUAUCAUAGGACUAGAAGAGGAAAAAUUAAAACAGGAGUUAUUUAUAGCUAACGGUUUUAAUGGCCUUGCUAGUGACAAGAUUUCCCUCCAUAGGAGUAUUAAGGAUAUUCGCCAUCCAAACUGCUGGAAUAAGCGUUAUUAUCGUCAUCUUCCCAAAGCCAGCGUUGUGGUUCCUUUCCACAACGAACACUGGAGUACCCUUUUGAGAACAGUGUUUGGAGUUCUGGAAAAGUCGCCGACAGAACUAAUCGAAGAAAUUAUCCUAGUUGACGACUACAGCUCCAAACUUCAUUGUAAGGAGAAACUAACCGAUUUUGUCAAAAAGCAUUUUACUAACGUUAAAAUAAUUCGAGCCAAACGACGAGAAGGUCUUAUACGAACCCGGCUUCUUGGAGCACGGGCAGCCAAGGGUCCGGUUUUGAUUUUCCUGGAUUCUCACGUGGAACCCAAUACCAACUGGUUGCCGCCUCUUUUACAGCCGAUCGCCGACGACCGGAAGACAGUCACAUGUCCCUUUAUUGACGUGAUCGAUUACAAUACUUUUGCUUAUCGAGCCCAAGACGAAGGGGCUCGCGGUGCCUUUGACUGGCGAAUGGAUUACAAGAGACUGCCUAAAUUGAAAGAAUCAGACGAGAAGCCCGCAGAGGUGUUCGACAGUCCAGUAAUGGCUGGAGGACUUUUCGCUAUCUCAGCAUCCUGGUUCUGGGAACUUGGCGGUUAUGAUCCUGGCUUGGAAAUAUGGGGCGGCGAGCAGUACGAACUCUCGUUCAAGACAUGGCAGUGCGGGGGUCGUAUGGUUGACGUUCCUUGUUCCAGAAUCGGCCAUAUCUACCGCAGUUUCGCCCCUUUCUCAGCGGGCGGCGUAGGCGAUUAUCUCGGUCAUAAUCACAAACGGGUAGCCGAGGUCUGGAUGGACGACUAUAAGAAAUACGUUUACAAACACAUGCCACAAUUUGGCAAGGCCGAUGCUGGUAAUAUAACCAGUCAGCUUGAGCUACGGAAGAAACUCAAAUGCAAAUCGUUCAAAUGGUUCAUGGAAGAAAUUGCAUUUGAUUUGGUCAAACACUAUCCACCUGUUAUCCCGAAAAGUUCCGCCCAUGGAGAAAUUCGUAACGUCGCUUCGAACCUUUGCAUCGACACUCGUUUUCAGGGGGUUAACAAACGGUUUCUGUUGGAUGUGUGUACGAAAGAUGCAGGGACUCCUGGAGAGCAGAAAUUUGAAAUCACCUGGCGUAAAGAUUUGCGUCCAUGGAAAAGAAACGUUUGUUUUGAUUCAGCAAGUUACGUUCCGCGCUCACCAGUUGUACUUUAUUCCUGCCACGGUCAAAAAGGUAACCAAUACUGGAAAUAUAAUAUAGAAACGCGCUUACUUUAUCAUCCGUCCACGAUGAGUUGCUUGGAUUGUGACCCCAACACGAAAGAAAUAUUCACUAACCCCUGCGACAAUUCGAAAAAAGCACAGCAGUGGAAAUUCGAAUUUGUAAACCGGACAGCCUUAUUAAUCGAAUGGAGUCAACACUAA